UCCUGUGUGGUCUUUUUUGAAGUCUAGCAUUCUGAAAAAGAUGAGGAAUGUCUCGGCUGUGACUGAAUUUAUCCUGCUGGGCAUCCCACACACAGAGGGGCUCCAGACAAUGCUCUUUGUUUUGUUUUUGUCCUUCUACAUCUUCACCCUUAUGGGGAACCUGCUGAUCCUACUUGCUAUUGUCUCCUCCACUCGGCUUCAUACUCCCAUGUACUUCUUCCUGUGCAAGCUGUCUGUUUUUGACAUAUUCUUCCCUUCUGUCAGUUCCCCCAAGAUGCUGUUCUACCUCUCAGGGAACAGCCGCACCAUCUCCUAUGCAGGCUGCGUGUCCCAGCUCUUCUUCUACCAUUUCCUGGGCUGUACUGAGUGUUUCCUCUACACGGUGAUGGCCUAUGACCGCUUUGUGGCCAUAUGUUACCCUCUGCGCUACACCAUCAUCAUGAGCCACAGAGUGUGCACCAUCCUAGCCACGGGGACCUCAUUUUUUGGCUGCAUUCAGGCCACCUUUCUCACCACUCUCACCUUCCAAUUGCCCUACUGUGGCCCCAAUGAGGUGGACUAUUACUUCUGCGAUAUCCCAGUGAUGCUGAAGCUGGCCUGUGCAGACACCUCAGCCCUGGAGAUGGUGGGGUUCAUCAGUGUGGGCCUCAUGCCUCUCAGCUGUUUCCUUCUCAUUCUGACCUCCUACACCUGCAUUGUUUGCUCCAUUCUUCAAAUUCAAUCUACAGAGGGCCGACGCCGUGCCUUCUCCACCUGCAGUGCCCACCUUACUGCCAUUCUCCUUUCCUUCAUGCCAGUGGUCCUCAUCUACCUGCAGCCCACUCCCAAUCCCUGGCUUAAUGCAACUGUUCAGGUACUGAACAACCUGGUCACCCCCAUGCUGAAUCCUUUGAUCUAUAGCCUGAGAAAUAAGGAAGUUAAAUAUUCCCUGAGGAAGGUGCUACAGCAGGUGGCCUUCUUUCCUGAGAAAUGAUAGAGAAAGAUCAGUAGCUUAACACUUUAAUAACACCACACUGCUUAAAAAAGAUAUUCGUCUUGUGCACACAGAUAUUAUCACUGCCAUUUUUUAUUACAGAUGAAGAAGCUAAGACUUAAAUACAUAAAGCAAAUUAUUUAAGGUGAAGUAACUAAUAAAUUAUCCUGCCCGGGAAGAAUUAUUUCUUCCCAGUUGGCAAAACAUCCUGGACCUUCUCUUCAAUUUUCUCUUCUGUUUUCCUGCUCCUGUAUCCUCUUCUCUUCUUUUCUUCCCUACUCUAUCACUUCUUCACCUACACUGGUAUUAUUAACUAAUUAUCCCCUCAAAUGUCUGCGUUGGAUAAGCCAUCAUCUGAUAGUCUAGGAGUUGCUGAAAAAAUUGGAGAGUUUCAAUAACAUGGCUCAGGUGAUAUCCUGUGACUUCUGAAAUAUGAGGAAAUUGUGUUUUUUUGGUUUUUUCUUUUUUUAAAAAAGGACUUCUAGAUGGAACUUUAAGGCAGGUCUCUUGUGAAUGAAUCAGAAGUACUAGUGUGCUGUAUCAUCUACAAAGCCUGUCUGUUGGUCUCAGACCUGAAAACAGGUGUUGGCCUGGUGCUGGGGCAGUGAGUGAAAGAGAAUGUGGAGCACGUAGAUACAUAGAGUCUAUGAAGAGGUGACAGAUUCUGUUAUUUUUCAGCAUUAGAAAAUUUGAGUUUGGCUUCAUAAUCCCUGGCACAGAUGGGGCAAUGAGAAGUCCAAGCUGCUAUUAUUUAAUGGUUUUGGAUACUCUGCAUAUACAAAGGCUUGUCUUUAGUUCCUUCCCCUUUAUAUUUCUUUGUUAUUUUUCCUAGUGGGCUUAUCACAAGAAAUGUGCUAUUACAGUCCAUACAGCAAUUUGAUGAAAAGAAAGAACAGUGAGAAGGGAAUGAUGGGAAGGGAAAGGUGUGAUGGGUAAAGAAGGGACUGAUGGGAAAAGAAGAGGAUAAUGGGAAGAGGGGGUGAUGGGAAGAGAAGGAGCAAAGGCAGAGGCAAGUCUUCCCACUUUUGGUUCUUUUCAGGAUGAGAUCAGUGAAAGAAUCUGCCAGACUGAACUAGACACAACAUUAUAUUUGGGCCUCAUAUCUGGGUAGUGAGUCAAUGCAUGCAUUUGAAGGGGAGAACUCUUUUACUGAUCACUUCUCUUAAGCUCUGUGCCUUUUAUUUGCUCUACUUAUAAUGAUCUUCAACUGGACAAGCUCAUUCUUACCAUUCAAAACCCAGUUCGAAUUCCACUUUGUAUGUGAAUUCUUUCUUAUCUCACAGAGUCAGAUUUCCACUUUUCUAUGUUGUGAAUAAGACUUGACAAAGUCAUCUUUACAUUGCGUCACAAAGUAUUAACAAAACAUUUUCCAAGAGUAAAAAGAUAGGUAGGGUCAGGGAGAGAAAGAACAAAAAAGAGCCAGUUGUUGGUGACUGAUAAUUGUUGAACAGAUGAAGGUCUGAAUCCCAGAUGGUCUUUUGUUGUGGUUGACGAAGCAGAGCCUCAAUCUCCCCACAUCUGUCAGUUAUGUUGUUCCUAUUAAGUGUCUCCAGAGUACUGAGAACAUAUUCUUUUUCUAGUCUUUGGGAGGAAGCUUCAAUGAUAGUCGCAAACCUUGUCUUUUAAAGAGCUUUAUCAAGUUGAAGGAACAUGAUAGCAGUCAUGUUCUGUAUUCAUUCAACAAAUAAAUAUUUCUGGAGCCCUAACUUAGGCCAAGUGCAGUCCAGAGAGGGAGGCAGGGAAACAAAGCACCAAACAGUGAAGUGCAAUAAGUGAACUAUUGGAUAUAGACAUUCAAUAGUUCAUGAGAAUACCAACUCUCUCCAUAUAAUUCCUUCUCUUAGUUACUUAAAGUUUGUCCCAAAAGAAAGUGAGUUAUUAGGGUGAAGAAAUCCUUGGUAAUAUGGAAAUGGUAACACCUUUCUUGCAUUGCUGUUGUAAAGACUAA